UAGAGCAGGACUGCAUGUUAGAGAUCAGCUGAUAGAGCAGGGGCCUGCUGCUCAGUGACAUGGAGAAACUGGAGCGAUCUCUGUUCCGUCUGGAACAAGGCUUUGAGCUGCAAUUCCGUCUGGGCCCAACCCUCCAGGGUAAGGAAGUCCAGGUCUACACCAACUACCCUGCGAAAGACCACAAGUUUGAUCGCCUAAAGUUUCAUUCUUUGGACUGGGUCUAUCCAAAUGGCCAGGAGGAUGACUGUGAUAAGUACUGCAGACUGGAUUUAAUAGUGGCUGGAUCUUACCAGUACUACUUCUCCUGUGGGGAUAAAGAGAAAGUGAGUGGUGGUUACAUUGUGGUCGAUCCAGUGCUGAGGGUGGGAGCCAACAAUGACAUCCUCCCACUGGACUGCAUCAGCAGUCAAACAUACUUGGCCAAGUGCCUCGGCCCUCUGGACAAAUGGCUUGACAGGGUCAGGGUUGCAAAGGAGACUGGCUACAACAUGAUCCACUUCACCCCACUGCAGAAGCUUGGUGUGUCCUCCUGCUACUCCUUGGCUGAUCAAUUGGAGCUGAACCCCAACUUCUCACUUGAGGGGAAGCAUUAUACGUGGAGAGACGUUGGUAAUCUGGUGGAGACGGUGAGGAAAGACUGGAACAUGCUUUGCAUCACUGAUGUAGUCUAUAACCAAACAGCCGCUGACAGUGAGUGGAUUGACCUCCAUCCUGAGUGUGGUUACAACCUGGUCAACUCUCCUUAUCUAAAACCAGCGUGGCUCCUAGACAGAGCCCUGUGGCACCUGAGCUGUGAAGUUGCUGAUGGGAAAUAUGCUGAGCAAGGAUUACCAGCACUCAUCCAACACGAGCAGCAUAUAAAUGCCCUGCAAGGCAUCCUGUGGCAGCAGGUCUUUUCCAAGCUCAGGCUGUGGGAGUUCCUGCAGGUCAGCGUGGAUGAAGCUGUGGAGCAGUUCAGACAGCUACUGCAAGCUGGCAGUUUGGGUGUCACAUCCAGGUCGAGUACAGACUGUAGACAACAGCUGAAGAUGGUUCAGGACCCUCAGCACCGACGCUUUGGAAACACAGUGGACAUGGAGUCUGCCCUAGACACCUUUGCACCUCACAGUAGGAGCCCAUCAGACAUCCAGGAGUGUUGUAACUGUUUCAGGAGGAGACUGGAAGAGCUCAACUCGGAACUGUACAAGGAGAUGAACUGCCAUGCAGAGCAGGCAACUAACUGCAUUGUGGGAAAUGUAGUUUAUGAGCGUCUUGCUGAACAGGGACCUAAGCUGGGCCCAGUCACGAGGAAGUACCCUCUCUGUCCCAGGUAUUUUACCUUCCCAUUUGAAGAGAUGACCUUUGAAGAGGAAAUGCACUUAAUGGAGCAGAAAGACAAGGCGUGUCACUUCCUGGCCCAUGAUGGCUCCGUGACAGGAAAUAACCCACUCAGAAACUUAGCCGAAUCAGGCUCAGAGGUCUACCUGCGGAGAGAACUCGUCUGUGAGAGUGACACUAUCAAGCUCCGUUAUGGAGAGAGACCAGAGGACUGUCCUUACCUGUGGGCUCAUAUGAAUAAAUACACUGAGAUUACAGCCAAGCUCUUCUGUGGUGUACGCCUAGUCAACUGCCACUCUACCCCUGUGCAUGUGGCUGAGGCGAUGCUGGCAGCAGCCAGAGCCAUCAGGCCUGACCUCUAUGUGAUAGCUGAUCUCUGUACCGGCAGUCAGCUUACUGACAAUGUCUUUGUAAACCGUCUGGGAAUCACCAGUUUGGUGCGAGAUGCUAGGAGUGCUACAGGCAGUCAGGAGGAGGGAGGAUGGCUGUCUUGGUUUGGCAAGGAGCCUGUAGGUGCCUUCUUCCAGCCCAGCCUUCGGCCUCUGAUACCAGCUGUCACUCACACCAUGUUCAUGGACGGGACCCUCAACGAUCACAGUCCUAUCCAGAAGCGUUCAGUGUAUGACUUCCUGCCCAGCUCUGCUCUGGUUUCUAUGGCCUGCUGUGCUACAGGCAGCACCAGAGGAUAUGACGAGCUGCUUCCUAAUCAGAUCUCGUUGGUGAAGGAGGAUCAUCUGUACAGCUGCUGGAACCCUGAGGUCCAAAAAUGUGACCAAGUCAACCUUAAGACUGGGAUCAUGGCAGGGAAGAUGGCAUUAAACAAGUUGCACCAGGAACUGGCUGCUGAAGGCUUUACUCAGGUCUAUGUGGAGCAGCUGGAUGAGGAUGUAGUUACAGUGACCAGACACUGUCCCAGCAGCCAUCAGUCUGUCCUAGCUGUGCUGCGAAGGGCAGUCAAGAACCCAGAAGGACACCAUCAUACAGAUAAUGUUCCACCUUUAUUCAUACCAGGUCAGAUAGAAGAGGUGGUGUUGGAGGCUAGGACCAUUGUGAGGGACAUAAACUCUGACAGAAGAAGUGACAUCAACAUCAACAGCCUGCCAGAGUACACUGCAGAGAUCCAAGAACACAUCCAGCUGAAGGACAGUAAGGUGGUGAAAAAGGCAGCUAUGGUUUCAAAACACAGUGGUGUUGGCCAGGAGAUUUUGUUUAAGAAGUUCAAACCCGGCUGCAUUAUCAUUUUCAGGGUAACUCUGGAGUCCAGGUCCCGGGAGCAGCUAGGGGCUCUAAGACGCCACCUGAUCCAGUUUAGUCCUCAGUACCAGACUGGCAGCCUGGCUGAACAUAGCACUCCUGCUGUUCUCACCAAGCCACUGAUGACCAUCAUGUCCAGACUGACGCUGGCUGACAUGAACAUGCUGCUGUAUCGCUGUGAUGCUGAGGAGAGGGAGGAUGGGGGAGGAUGCUAUGACAUUCCUUCAUGGUUAUCUCUCCACUACGGAGGCUUGCAAGGGCUGAUGUCAGUGUUGGCAGAGAUUCGUCCUAAAAAUGAGCUUGGUCAUUCACUUUGUGACAACCUGAGGGGAGGAGACUGGAUGAUGGACUUCAUCUCCAACAGACUGCUGGCAAAGGGUGGUGCUGUGGGAGAGGUAGGCCACUGGUUCCAGGCAAUGUUCAGCUACCUGAAGCACAUGCCCCGCUACCUGGUACCUUGUUACUUUGAUGCCAUCAUCCAGGGAGCCUAUACUACUGCUCUGGAGGCUGUUUUCAAACAGAUGUCAAGCUUCAUUCAGAAUGGUUCCAGUCUGGUUAAACAGCUGGCCCUGGGUUCGGUGCAGAUGUACGGUGUGGGUCACUGUUUGACGCUGCCCACCAUCUCUCCUCACCUUAAAGAUGUCCCGCACUGCCUCAGUGAAAUCACCUGCCAGGAUAAUCAAUGCUGUGUGUCACUGGCAGCAGGUCUUCCUCACUUCUGUGUGGGGGUUUUCCGUUCAUGGGGUCGUGACACCUUCAUUGCUCUGAGAGGCUUAAUGUUGCUGACUGGCAGACAUCUGGAGGCUCGGAACAUCAUCCUGGCGUUUGCGGGCACACUGCGUUAUGGCCUGAUUCCCAACCUGCUGGGCCCGGACAGCUAUUUACGCUACAACUGCCGGGAUGCUGUGUGGUGGUGGAUGCAGUGUAUCCAGGAGUUCUGCACACUGGUACCAGACGGUGUCUCCAUCCUCAAGUGUCCUGUAUCCAGGAUGUUCCCCACCAAUGUGUCUGAUCCACAGCCUGCUGGAGCUUGGGAUCAGCCACUGUACGAUGUAGUCCAGGAAGUCAUGCAGAGACACAUGCAGGGUAUCCAUUUCAGAGAGAACAAUGCUGGGCCACAGUUAGACCACAAUAUGACUGAUGAAGGGUUCAAUGUAGAGGCUGGAGUGGACCAGAGCACCGGCUUUGUCUACGGAGGAAGUCGCUUCAACUGUGGGACUUGGAUGGACAAGAUGGGUGAGAGUGAGAGGGCCCAAAACAAGGGAAUCCCUGCAACACCCAGGGAUGGCUCUGCAGUGGAGUUAGUGGGCCUGUGUAAGUCUACUGUGCGCUGGCUUGUGAAGCUCCACAACAUUGGCCACUUCCCCCAUGCGGCAGUGACCAUACGCAGAGGAGGACAGACAUAUUCUGUGUCAUAUGUGGAGUGGGAUCAUAAGAUCCAGGAGAACUUUGAGAAGAACUUCUACAUUUCUCAUGAUCCCCACGACCCUGAGGAGAAACACCCACAGCUGGUCCACAAAAGAGGAAUCUACAAGGACAGUUUUGGGGCUUCGAGCCCCUGGUGUGACUACCAGCUCCGGCCUAACUUCCCCAUUGCCAUGGUGGUGGCCCCUGAGCUGUUCACAGUGGAGAAAGCCUGGGAGUCUCUGGAUGUAGCUGAGAGGAAGCUGCUUGGGCCCCUGGGAAUGAAGACCUUGGACCCUGAUGACAUGGUAUACUGUGGAGUCUAUGACAACAACCUUGAUAAUGACAAGUUCAACCAAGCUAAAGGCUUCAACUAUCAUCAAGGCCCAGAAUGGUUGUGGCCCAUGGGCUACUUCCUGCGUGCCAAGCUCUACUUUGCCAAGAAAAUGGGAAAGGAAACAUAUGACAAAACUGUUAACCUGGUGAAAAACAUACUGUCUCAUCAUGCUGUCCACUUGGAGAGGUCACCUUGGAAGGGUCUCCCUGGGUUGACCAAUGAGAAUGGCCAGCACUGCCCCUUUAGCUGUAAGAGCCAAGCCUCAUCCCUUGCUGCCAUCCUGGAGGUCCUGUAUGACGUUUGACCCCUGCACCCAGCACAACACCAUAAAUCAUCAUCAUCAUCUGAACAUCAUCUGAAAAUCUUCCUUGAGAACAUUAUAUUUUGCACAAAGUAACCAUCAAGGAGGUUACAAAACUUUCAGCAAUUAUUGCUAACAUAUUGCCCCUAAAAUGGGCUUGAUUGCAUCUUCCUUAAAUAAUACACUAAGAAUCAGAACAAUGACAACUGGAACCAAUAAGUAGAAUCAGAAUCAAUCAAAGAUAAAAUAGCGUUGCUAAAAGAAAUAUUUUGUUCCUCCUACAUAGUCAUUAUGUGUUAUCCAUGGCAUUACCAGAAAUAAUUUCAAUGUUAAUAUGAUGAUCUGUACCGUUGUCAAACAUGUCACUCCAAAAUCUCCCAUAUAUGUUCAAUUGGGUUGAGAUCUGGUGACUGUGAAUACCAUAUCAUAUGAUUCACAUCAUUUUAUACUCAAUAAAUCAUUAAUGAGCCCUCA